GUCAAAUAGCUAAAAUAUCCUAUUAAAUAUAAGUAUUUUGAAAGUUUUCCCAAUUUAAAUCAGCUAAAAGCUUAUCAAAUGUAUAAAUAUUUUAUUUCAAUGCAGUUUUAUUUUUAAAUCACUUCUAUAAAAGACCUGUAGUUCAUCGUAGGUAAAGUAUUUGCAGCUUUUGCGCAGUAAGAAAAAAAAGUUUUACUUUAUUUCUGUCAUGGUUCUGUGAUGGCCUGGAGACCUGCUCAGGGUGGAUCACGCCUCUGGUUCCAGUGACAGCGAGCCUCCAGCACCGCAGGGACCCUCAUCAGGAUGAAGCAGGACAGAAAACGGAUGACGUGCGAGUCAUAUUUUACUGGGCAGAGAAGUUAUGGGUUUGAAUUGAAGGGAAACAAGUGCUCUACAUAAUUUAUGAUUCCAGACUGGAACACUUGUGACGGGUUCUCCUUAAAGAAGAGACUCGGUUCAGUUGGAAGACAUAUAUCAGCUGCACCAAGGUCUAAACAUACAUAAGCUGAAAUAUGAUGUUUGUCAUUUUUAAGAGAUAAACUAAAAAAAAAAAGCUAAAAUGUGCUUUGUUAUGUCAUCCGAAGGAAUUUAUAGGAAGAAGACAUAUACGUAUAGACUUAUUUUAAUGCAUAUGACUUUAUUAAAGUAUUCAAUCGGUGGCUUUCUGCGCUCUUUCUGAUUGAUAUUUUAAACUCCUCCAGGGAGAAAUCUACAUUGUGAUCCAAAGAGCCAUCACUUUUCUGUUUGAUCGUUUCGUGACUGAGUAGAAGACGUGUCCCCUCAGCCUCAUCCUCCUCUCCCUGCCUCCCAUAGCGCUCAGGACUCCCUCAGUGCCAAAUGGACCGCAGUGCGCACCGGGAGACGCCGCGCCGCAGCGCGCAGAGGCUAUAGGCUAUUGUCUUUUAAUUUGGUUUACAUCGUUUUGUUUGCUCGGAAAGCGACCGGAAACGCGCUAAAAUAAAAGUUUGUGGCAAAUCGCAAACGAUGAGGCGAAUCGGGAAUGCUUUUUCUGCGCUCUAAGAUUGACCGUUCAUCAUGGACACAACAGAUCAGCCAAACACGACUCAAGUGGAUUCCAAGCUCGAAGCCACGCUGUUUAACUGCUGCUUUCCUCUGAACGAUGAGAACCCUCUGACACUGGAUGACAGCACAAAGCUGGUUGGAGUUCAGGUCAUUCUCAUCCUGGCCUACAGCACAAUCAUCUUGUUUGGCGUGACUGGAAACUCUUUGGUGAUUUACGUUGUCUACAAGUUUAAAAAUCUACGGACAGUGACAAACUUCUUCAUCGUAAACUUGGCUGUAGCUGACUUGCUGGUGAACACGCUGUGUUUGCCGUUCACCCUAGUCUACACGCUUUAUGACGAGUGGAUGUUUGGCCAGGUCCUGUGCUUCAUGCUGCCCUUCGCUCAGGGCAUGACCGUGCACGUCUCCACUAUCACGCUGAACAUCAUCGCUCUGGAUCGGUACAGGAGCAUCGUCCGCCACAUGGAGACCAAGAUGUCCAAAGACAUCUGCACUGUGGUCAUUGGGUUCUCGUGGGCCAUCAGCGCCCUGCUCGCCAGUCCGCUGGCCAUUUUCAGGGAGUACGGAUCCUUCGACCUUUCCCCAGAUGAAUCUAUUCAGGUGUGCACAGAGAAGUGGCCCGGGAGCAGCAUGAACGGACGCAUCUACAGCAUGUCAAUGCUUUUGGUUCAAGUCGGCGUACCCUUGGCCAUUAAUUCUGUAGCGUACAUUCGCAUAUGGAACAAGCUAAAAAAGCACAUGAUCUGUGGUCGGAAUGACCACCAGCGAAGGAGGAAGACCACCAAGAUGAUGAUAACCAUGGUGGUGCUGUUCGCUGUGAGCUGGCUGCCUUUUCAUGCGUUCCAGCUGGCGAUUGACAUAGACAGUGCUGUGCUGCACAUGAAGGACUUCAAGCUGCUUUUCACCGUGUUCCACAUCAUAGCCAUGUGCUCCACUUGCAUCAAUCCCAUUCUGUAUGGGUGGAUGAACAACAGCUACAGGACUGCCUUUUUAUCUGUGGUCAAGUGUUACCGACCCUUUGGUGUUGGAUACAGAAGCACCAAAACCAGAGAGAAACACAAAGACGAAGACAGGGAGUGCUCCGACUUCAGGUCAACCAACGUUUGACUUGGCCCCUCACUUGUGUGAAAUGAGGACAUAGAAUUUGAAACAUUUUGUGGCUAACUGAACAUGAUUACCAGAACAACGGAGAAAACUCGAGUUUAAACUUGAGAAUUAAUGGAUUAUGUUGGCGUGUGUUAUCUUUGUUGGGUUUUUUUUUCUCUGGGAACAUUAGAUCUACUGAUUUAUUGCAGCUUAACUUGGAUCAGAGCGAAAGUACUGCAACACUAAAAAUGACAGAAUUAGAAAAUCAGCUCUGACAGCUGAUGGAUAAAGAUUUCUGAUCACGUAAAACAAAACUAUAAAAGCUGGUGUAACUUCUGGGCAUGGCUGUAUAACAUGAUUUCAUUUUUACAUUAAUUAUUAUUUUAAAGACUGACUUAGCAGCCAUACAUAAAAUAGGUUAAGCAAUAUAACAUGCAUUGUAAUUAUGACACAGAACAUGUUGAAAUAUAAAUACAGCUAACUCUGAUACCACAAAUAUGCUUAGAAAUAAGUACCGGUAUUUGAAAAAUCUGAAGUUUAUUUUUGUUUCUCCUCUAAUAUUUCUCCAUGCUAGUCUUUAUGCUGUACUUAUAGGGUGUAAUGUUGACUUAUACUUGGUGUUUACUUACAGACAUCACAUUCCUCAACUGCUCGUUAACAAAAGUUAAGCUACGUUCAGAAGCCAUCCCCAAAAGACCAGAAGUUCUCAGUCAUACAAUAAAUGCAUCAAACUUAGAUUUAUUCAGUUUGUUUGCUCUGGGCUGUGAUGAUUAUUAGCACAGAUGACAAACAGCAGACCCGCUCUGUGCAGGAAUUAUCCACAUCCCUUUUCCCUAAAAGCUUUGCUAGGAUUCAGGACCCGCUCCCCCAUGUGAGCUUUGUUACAGACUUUAUGACUUAAUAUACAGUCACAGAGACAAAUCUGUUAAUGUUUUUUUUUUUACAAGAAACUGCUAAAUAGUUUAACGGCUGAGGGAAAAUGUGGCAGAAUCAUUUGUUACACAAAAAAAUGAUGCACAAAAAUGUUUAAAAAUGGUUUAUCAUGGUCAAAUUUAAAAUGAUAAACUAAUCUUUCACAAAAUAGGAGCAGCCUUUCGCUUAUCAAUCCUGCAGUAUGCAAAUUUCCAAUCUUUGGAGGCCAUUCAAGAAACUACACAAAAUGAGAACGAUAAUAGCUGUUUACACAUUUUACAUAGACAUUUGCUUCAAAAUGGUUGACAAUUCCUUUAUAAUACAAAAUCAACUUUUGUGUGAACUCCUGUUCACCUUCUUUUUGCUCAGUAUCUUUUUUGCAUGCUGGUGUCUUAAUAAUUUCUGUAUUUUCUUACGUUAAAUUAAGUAAUUGAACCUCAUAACUUCAACUACAAAGUAUCAGAGACCACUCAAUGUAAUGACUCAUAAAAACAAAUAACAUUUUCAUUGGAUUUACAUUCAUAUCACUGAUAACAUAAGUAGAUGUUGUUUACAUGCUUUUUGUUAUGGGCUUUAAAGGUGCAAUAUGUCGGAAUGAAGAAUGAAAUCCUGUGGUCAAAUUUGGUCUUUUCCUGAGCAAAAAAAUCACUUUCUCACUGCAGUUCAGUGGGUUUCACGGCUGUUGCAGGUUACAAAUCAGCACCAGAAGGUUCUAGUUGGCAAGCAAAAAGGAGUCUCACACAGUAAGAUGAUAAGUAAAUAAAUAUCAUAUCUGGUGGUAGAAUUAUUGGGUGUUUUACAGUAGGGAACACUUACCACACUCAGUGUGUUUACAUCAGAAAACAAAACUUUUGCCCUAACUGGACUGACGUUGUUUUUUUUAAAUGCAUGUAAACGCGUUAGUCUUGCUGAAGGAAAACUGGGCAAUCAUAUAAUGCGAGUGGUAACCAACUUUAUCUGCAUGUAAACGGUUCAAUCGUGCUGAUACCAGUAACUUCUGGUAGUGAUGAGACAACGGAAGCAGUUUUCUAAUAGUAACAUUGCCACAAAGUAACAUGUGAAACCCCAUCAAACAGUACAGUACAAACCGCAUAAGCGGUGCUACAGCCUUGCUGUUUUCCAUUCCAUCGGCCAUUGUGCAGAUCUUGUUUUAACUUUGUCUACUUCACCCCGCCAGCGUUUGUUUACUAUCUGUGUUGCUAUAAGCUAACCGGAAGAAUUUCCACACGAAAGGGUGUAUGUCGAACAAACAUUCGACAGUUAGUUUUUCUGAUGUAACCUAGGUAAAAGGCUCCCAGUUUAUUACUUUAGAUCAACUUAGAAGUGCAUGUAUAUGCACUGAGUUAUUACGGUAAUAAUCCACCUGCAUUGGAGGAAGUGUGGCUGUCUGCUAUUUUGCUGUUGUAUUUCUGGACGUCUAAUUAAAGGAAGUGAAACGCAACAAUUGAUUCAUAAUUCAACGUUUUGCUGCGAUAUCAAGAUGUUGGUGACUGAAAAAGUAGCUUGAGAAAGUUUUAGAGCUUCUAAUUCACCGUUAGCAUUGUUAGCUCAACAUUAGCCUUUAGCCUGCUUCACAUAAAUCUCCCAGCAUAUAAUGAGCAAAUGUUUAAAGAGUUAGUUAUCAGCUGUUCACCAGAUCAACAGAUGCCAUUUAUUAGAUAUCCUAUUACACAACACAGUUUUAAUACAUGGCUGUAUUCUGUAGAAAAUGCAUAUUUUACCCCAGAGUGAGCAUUUAAAAAACUCUUUACAACAUUUUAAAAAAUAAAAUAAUUCCACAUUUUUGUCAUGCCUAAAGAGAAAUGAAAACACUAAGUAGAAGAAAAAGUCACUGAUUGAGGUUUUUGUAAAUCAUGGAUGACAGCUCAUAAAAUCAUGUUUUACUGCAUCUCUUUCCUCUUGAGCUGAAUUCAUGGGUUUCAUGUCCUAAAUCUGCAUCAGCUGGUGGGAAAGGAUGCUGACCACACCAAACAAUAAACAAAGAAGAACAUUGUAAAUAGUUGUAUUUACAAUAUAAAAUGUUCAGUCAAAAGCUCGAUAAGCCAAAUGUGAAGCGUUUAAACUAAAGAUAAAAGAAAAAGAGCUCAAAAAUGAUUCUGAGGUCUGAACCAUAGUUACAAAGGGAUGCAGAUGUUUGCAGUAAAAGCUGCAGCAGGAAGCUGAAACAGUUUCUUAGAAAACAGAAGAACAAAGUUCCUCCCCCACCCUGCUUGUCUUUGUCGGAGUGUAAUUACCACUGCUUGCUUUUACAGUGAUUACGCUGGUGUUCAGGUUUUAAAGAGCCCUUCCUGUUGACCGCGUCCUCACUGAUUAACUUUACGGGUACGUGAGGAGCUGAGGGACUGGGGCAUUAGUUCCAGGUCUCUGUUUUUAGUGAGUUAUUGAUGGUGUAUUCAGCAUUAAGUCAAUAAUUGUUUCUUUAGCUGUCUGACAAUAUUGAGCAGCUGCUUCUGUAACAAAGUUCACUGUCAGAAUGGAGAAUAGUCCACUAGCUGAUGAACUAAAAUGAACAAUAGCUUUAAAGUAAAUUGCAUUUACCCGUCUCUGCUAAUGGAGCUUGUCUUUGGACUUUCAAAAGUAAAAGCACUUAAAU